UAAUAAACGCUCCGCAUGUCGGUGAUCCUCUGCGCCCCCUGCUGACCGCGGACGGAACUGCAGCCUCAGGCGCCGCCGUUUAUUCCUUCCUUAAACGAGGCGGUGAGAAGAAACCAACGGCGCCCCCAAUGGACACAACUGGACAAGUGUGUAACCAGGCCAAAGGGGAUCCCCAGAACCAGGUCAUGAAUUCUGUGAAUGAGGCUGAGAAGACGAUACAUAAUCUUGUGGUGUCGAUACAUCAGCUGGAGAACAGAGUGAGAAAGUUGGAGGAACAUCCCUGCGAAACAUGCAGAAAUUGUGACAUGAAAAGCAAGGUCUCUCUGGCAGAUGCUGAUAAGAAACAUAAAAAGUCCAUUGCUCAGCUGAAGGCAGAGAAGUUCAAACUGGCAGGCAAAGUAAAGACACUGCAAGACUCAGUGCAGAACUUGGGGACCCUGCUCUGUACGAGUCAAAGAGAGUGUGACGUUCUAAAGCAUGCAUGUAAACGAGAACGUGACGCUCACAGGAUCCUCCAGGCACAGAGAGAUGAGAUGAAGGAGAUUACGUUUCACAAGGAGUUACUGAGGGUAAAGGAAAAACAUAAAAGGUCCAUCGCUGAGCUGAAGGCAGAAAAGUCUGACCUGACCGACCAACUGAAGACAUUGCAAGACUCAGUGCAGCACAUGGGACUCCUGCUCUGUGAGAGUCAAAGAGAGUGUGAUGAUCUGAACAAUGAGUGUGAGCAGGCGCGAGAGGCUGACAUCAUCCUCCAAGCAGAAAUCAAUGAGCUGAUGCACAAGAAAGAGUUGCUGAGGGUGUCUCUGGCAGAUGCUAACAAAAAACAUAAAAAGUCUGUUGCUCAGCUGGAGACGGAGAAGUUUGAGCUGAUGGACCAAGUAAAGACAAUGCAGGACUCACUGCAGAACAUAGGAACCCUGCUCUGUGAAAGUCAAAAGGAGUGUGAUGAUCUAAACAACAUUUCCCUGGCUGAAGCCCAUGAGAAACACCAGAAGGCUUCAGAGUCCAUUACUCAGCUGGAGGCCAAGAAUUCUGACCUGACGGAUCAAGUGAAGACACUGCGAGACACUUUGCAAAAUGUGGGGACCCUGCUCUGUCAGACUCAAGCGGAGCGUGACUAUCUAGUAGCUGAGUGUGAACAAGCGCGAGAGGUUCGCCAUAUCCUCCAGGCACAGAACAAUAAGUUGAAGAAAAAUCUAAAGAUUUCCAUUGCAGAAGCCCAUGAGAAACACCAGAUGGCUUCAGUGUCCAUCACUCAGCUGGAGGCCAGGAAUUCUGACCUAACAGAUCAAGUAAAGGCACUGCAAGACACAUUGAGGGAUGUGGGGACCCUGCUCUGUGAGAGUCAAAUGGAUUGUGACCAUUUGCAUGCUGAGUGUGAGCAAGAGCGAGAGGCUUCCAGCAAACUCCAGGUGGAAAUCAAUGAGCUGAAGAAAACUCUGUUUCACAGGGAGGAGUUACUGAAGACCUCCUUGGCUGAAGCUCUUGAGAAACACCAGACAGCUCCAGAGUCCACUGAGAAUUCUGACCAAGUGAGGGCACUGCGGGACACAUUGCAGAAAGUGAAGACCCUGCUUUGGGAUACUCAUAUGGAGGGUGACAAACUGAGUUGCCCGGCUGAGACAGGCAAGAAAGAGCAGAUGGCUGGGGAGUCCGCUGCUCAGCCAGGGGCCAACAAUUCUGACCCGCCAGAUCAUGUAAUCAAGUGCCGUCAUGAACUUCUCCCUGAUGGAAGUCGAGGAGACAGAGUCAGCUGGAGGCAGAGAUGUCAACCUGCCAGGCCAAUGAUGUUUUGAAAAAGAAUCUGCUGAGUGACUGGUGCCAUAUUCAUGCUCAUUUGUGCCAUUCGAACAAG